GUCUCACUCACCUUCUCCACGUUUUAAAAUCCCUUUCCUUGCCUUACUCUCCGUACCUUAAAAACACCAACAAAUCUUCACGACCCUAGGUUUUACUUUUGAACUCCCGCGGUCUCCCCGCCUUCUAGAGCAACAAAGUAAAGUCAGCCACCACACACACACACACACAGACACGCACACCACCACCACCAUGCACCAGGUUGAGACAGUCUCGGCAGCGCCCGCAAGUCUUGGUAGUAGUGAUCAGGACAAUGCGACCCAACAGGCUCCCUCCCUGAACAUCGUCGUUGAAUUCUCGGGUGGCCUGGAAAUGCUGUUUGCCGACAGGCGUCGCCUCCAGCUCACAGUCCCCAAGUCCGACGACAGGGGCAAGCCACUUACCAUCGCCGCACUCAUUGACCACCUCUGCCAGCACGAGAUGAACGAUGGCCGCAAGGAUCUAUUUGUUCUGGAUGGUCACCUUCGUCCAGGCAUCCUGGUUCUCAUCAAUGAUGCCGACUGGGAGUUGGAGGGUGAGGAGGCCUACGAGGUCCAAAGUGGCGAUAACGUCCUGUUUGUGUCGACUCUGCAUGGAGGCUAGCUGCAAGCCUUGCAUGCUGCCUUGCUGUCCUGCUGCCCGGCGGUCCAACCUACACACCCCCUCUGCUCGCUCCACUUGGCUAGGCUGAUCUUCGGAAGUCUUGAUGGAUGCCUGCCUCGGGCAAUAUCUGCCAGGUCUAGUUGCUUUGCGAGUCCAACGAUACCUCGCCCCCUCUGGAUCCUUGGGUUGGGGGGGCAAGCUGCAGUAGCUAGUAUCUCUACGGUGACAGGCGAUGACAAGCAGGGACCCAAGAUCAUCACAUCCCCGUACAACGCAUUGGAUGCCCCUGCAACCCAAUCAGGCCAGGCCAACCCAGUACCGGACUUGAAAGGGGGGUGUGAGAGUGGCAUGGCCAACAAAGGUCGCAGCCUUGCUCAAGAUCCUGCACCGUGACUUUACUAGUUCAGCCACCUCGCCAGCGGCCAAGAUCACAAUCUUAUGCACCAGGAGCGAACCAAGGCAUCCUAGACACUGGUCAUUCCUUCUCCAUGGGGGAGAGGCACGGGGUUCCUGAAUGGUUGACGGCUGGCACACGACCCCAGCGGGCCAGGGACCUGUCAUUUUUUGAGAAUUUGUGGCGUCUGUAGGCUCCUGAUCCGUGCCAGCCGUGCCCAAGACCGACGCCUUAGACGUCUUUUGUGUCGGGCCUUGGAGGGGUUUCCAGAAUAAGGGGGCUGCGAUGGCUCAGCAGGGGAGAAGCAAUAUAACGCCUUCUUCAAGGGUUUGCAGCCGGGCUCUUCCCUGGCGAGGUGGCUUGAUUCGCUGUCAACGAAAAGUGAACAUUUAAUUGGUUCUUGCACCUUGCAUGGCAGUCGCCGCUAAUGGUAGGCGCUCGUAUGGUUCGAAAAUUUGUGGUUGUGCCAAGUUGCUUGUGCACUUUGCUCAAAUGCCGGAUCAGAUAGACUUGAUCCGCACCGACGUAUAUUGUACAGCGGCACACUAUAUGCUCUGUAGAUAUGCAAAUAGUGAUGUAUAUACCGCGUUAUUGUACACACCAUCAAUUCCUGACCGCUGCUAUGGUGUGGUUAGUUGCCAAGUCCACACAUGCAUCUUCUGAGGAUACUUCGCAGAUAGAGCAGCGGUGUAGAACUAGAUGUGCACCACUUCAACCUAUUAAACACGCAAUGCAACACACACACUUCUGCAACUCGAUA